GUUAAGCGAGCUCGUAAAAAUGGAAUGAUCAGUUUUGUAUUCGUUAUUCGUUUUCCAAGAUUUUCACGAUGAGGAACGUUAAUCCUCAUCUCUUAGGAGACAAAAUGGACGAGGCGGUGACGCACUACAUCACCCACCAGCCGAGUGGAUCCGUUCAUGUGGACGCAAACACACUGGCGCUGAAUAUACAAGAGGAUGAAGGCAGCAGAGUCGUAACAGUCAUGCCACAGAACUUCAGUCAGCAAAUGUGCCGGCAAGUAUCAGUGGGGGAGCACGUAGAAGGGUGGGGGGAAGAAAUGCUAGAUCCGGACGGUCGGCUAGCAGCCAUCGUGGCUCAGCUCGCCAAGAGCGGAGCCCCGCAUUACCACCCACCACACAAGCUAACCUCAGUGAGGGGUGAUGUGGAGUCUUCAGUUAUGCUAGAUGGCCAAUUGAGGCUUUUCAACGCGCAAACUUUGGAGCAGCAGGGUGACUCAAUAGUGGUGCAAAUGCCACCGCUACCGCCUUUACCACCGCUGCAGGAGAUGAAGCGGUGCUCCGACGCUGACUGGUUCAACAAAUCUAAGAACAACAUGAAGACCAACAGUGUGCUAGACUCCGAAGGCCAAGUUCUAGAGUUGUCAGACGCGUCUCCGGGCCAGCACCGGCAGCCCAGCAAGAAAAGCCUGCCACACAAGAAGCGGAUAUCCCGGAAACUUAAGCGGAAUACUGGCAACACCACCCCGCAGCAGACCAGCGUACUAGACUCCGAAGGCCAAGUCCUAGAGUUGUCAGACGCGUCUCCGGGUCAUAACCGGCAGCCCAGCAAGAAGAGCCUGCCACACAAGAAGCGGAUAUCCCGGAAACUUAAGCGGAACACUGGCAACACCACCCCGCAGCAGGACAUAGUAGUAAUCAGCUGCAACGACGAAGUGCAACAGGAGGAAAUACUGCCCGACAACUAUGUGACGCAAGUGCAGCACCAAACACAUCUCGCCGACGACGCACACAAUAUCACCCACGAGGUUCGGCCGGUGCUAAUAUGCUGCAUAUGCGGCGAGUACUACGGGGAGGAGCAACUGAAGUUCUACCAGCAUCUCAAGCAGCAUUACGAACCUCACGCCACCAUCAUCAUUGAGAACCCUGUGUCCGACCUAGGAAUAGAUAAGAUGACCAACACAUGCAUAGAGGACAACGUGGCAAACCUACCAGACUCAAUAGUAGAACUAUCAUUAGAAAACACCGUCCCGAAAACUAUGUACCAAACUAUGGACAAACACAUCCUGUACACAUCAAGCGAUAAGACGCUCCAAUACUCUAGUAAUAAGCUCCAAUAUUCCAUGGCAAGUAUGGAUAAAGAGGUGCCGAGUAGCGAAGUGGAGAAAGCGGAUUUGUAUGACACUCUGGAUAAGUUGGAGAUGUAUAAUUGUAUGAAGUGCAAUAAGACGUUUAGAAAACAGAAACAAUGUGAGGCGCAUAUCAAGGAGGUACAUGGGAAGCUAGAAGACAUGGGGGAAUUCAGCGAGCCCGAGGACCUGAUGGAGGGGAUCCACGUGGCCGUGGAGGGCGUGGAGCCGGGGGAGGGGGAGCCCUACGAGCAGGCGCUGCUGCCGCACCUCACCGUCGAGAACGGGACCGUGCACCAGGAACACGUGAGGCACUGCGAGCCCGAGCACCUGAUGGAGGGGAUCCACGUGGCCGUGGAGGGCGUGGAGCCGGGGGAGGGGGAGCCCUACGAGCAGGCGCUGCUGCCGCACCUCACCGUCGAGAACGGGACCGUGCACCAGGAACACGUGAGGCACUGCGAGCCCGAGCACCUGAUGGAGGGGAUCCACGUGGCCGUGGAGGGCGUGGAGCCGGGGGAGGGGGAGCCCUACGAGCAGGCGCUGCUGCCGCACCUCACCGUCGAGAACGGGACCGUGCACCAGGAACACGUGAGGCACUGCGAGCCCGAGCACCUGAUGGAGGGGAUCCACGUGGCCGUGGAGGGCGUGGAGCCGGGGGAGGGGGAGCCCUACGAGCAGGCGCUGCUGCCGCACCUCACCGUCGAGAACGGGACCGUGCACCAGGAACACGUGAGGCACUGCGAGCCCGAGCACCUGAUGGAGGGGAUCCACGUGGCCGUGGAGGGCGUGGAGCCGGGGGAGGGGGAGCCCUACGAGCAGGCGCUGCUGCCGCACCUCACCGUCGAGAACGGGACCGUGCACCAGGAACACGUGAGGCACUGCGAGCCCGAGCACCUGAUGGAGGGGAUCCACGUGGCCGUGGAGGGCGUGGAGCCGGGGGAGGGGGAGCCCUACGAGCAGGCGCUGCUGCCGCACCUCACCGUCGAGAACGGGACCGUGCACCAGGAACACGUGAGGCACUGCGAGCCCGAGCACCUGAUGGAGGGGAUCCACGUGGCCGUGGAGGGCGUGGAGCCGGGGGAGGGGGAGCCCUACGAGCAGGCGCUGCUGCCGCACCUCACCGUCGAGAACGGGACCUUCAGCGAGCCCGAGCACCUGAUGGAGGGGAUCCACGUGGCCGUGGAGGGCGUGGAGCCGGGGGAGGGGGAGCCCUACGAGCAGGCGCUGCUGCCGCACCUCACCGUCGAGAACGGGACCGUGCACCAGGAACACGUGAGGCACUGGUACAUGCGCGGCAACCAGCCGACCGCGUGCGGCCCGGACGCGUACUGUCCGGUGUGUCCGGCGCGGCCGGACCAACAGCACGACUCGCAGCUCAAAGAGGAAGUCUUCCAAAGAAUAUUCGACGUGGAAGUGCCGGCCGCUGAGAACUCAAACUUCGCCGACAACAUAAUACCGGACACCGAAAUACCGGAGCCCGAGAAACCGGACGACAAGCCCGAGAAGGGGAAGAAGGGGAAGAGCUUCGAAUGCCCGCAAUGCAGCCGCGUGUUCCAGCACCGAAACAGCUUGCUGUAUCACGUGCUAUCACAUAAGGGGAAGCAACAUGUAUGCCGGGAAUGCAAUAAGGGCUUCUACACGUCGGGCGCGCUAAAGAUCCACAAGCGAGUGCACAACGGCGACCGGCCCUACAAGUGCGAGGAGUGCGACCGCGAGUUUCGGCAGUGGAGCGACCUCAAAUACCACAAGGUGUCGCUACACUCCAAUCAGAAACAUUUCAAAUGCGAGUUCUGCAGCAAAGAAUUCGCUCGCAAAUAUUCGCUGAGCGUCCACCGGCGAAUUCACACCGGAGAGCGCAACUACAAGUGCGAGUAUUGCAACAAAAGCUUCCGCGCCUCCUCCUACCGGCUCUCGCACAUGCGGACUCACACAGGCGACAAACCGUUUAAAUGUCCGACGUGCGGCAAGUGCUUCCGCGUGGCCGGCGACCUACGCCGCCACGCGCUCACCCACGACAAACUCACCCGUGACAAACCCCCCCGCGUCAAACACGAACCCGACAAGUCACCCAAAAAGUACAAGAAGGACAGAGAACACAAGAAAAAACAAGAAAGAGCCACCACCAAACUACCCAUCCUAAAAAGCAUCCUAGACAAAAAAUCGCCCAAAAGCAAGAGGAAAAUCGGCGCACCAAACGUCACGGUCGAUCCCGAUAAGGAGCAAUUCAAAAUCAAUACCGAAUUCACGAACAAUGUCGAAGUAUUCGACAGUAGGAAUUACAAGUUUAAAGAGAUAUACGUGGGGAAAGACCAAACAGACCAACAACUUAGGCAGUACGAGUUGGAAGAUAGGUUGCCAGAUGAGAGGAAUUUUGCAGUGCUCAAACCGAUGUUCAGACCGAACGAGUCUAUACAACCGGAGAAAGUAUACGACAGGAGUCAAAAUACUGAUGGCAAGAUGGCCGUUUUCACGCAAGUGGAAAGGAAGGAAUAUGUAGGCUCGAUAGUGUCUAAUACGCAGGUCACUCUGGCUGAUAUUAAUAGGCAUCUAGAGAGAGAGCCUAGGGAAGUUAGGAGCGACAGUCUGAAUGGGGAGGCGAUAGAAAAUGGAAUACUCGAGAGGCUAGCGGCUCUGUAUAAUAUACCCGCGGUAUGAGAUGUGUG